UUACAUUCUCGCACCAUCCACACAGCGCGGCAAGACCGACCACCGGGAGAAACUUCACAAUGAGACUCGCAACAGCAUAUGUGUUACUGUGCACACUGGUAUCAGUUGUUGCAAUUAGCUCUCCAUGUCCACUGGGAUUUGUGGAACACAACAACUCAUGCUAUUGGUUCUCCAAGGCAUUGGCGAACUUUGUUGAGGCACGGUCCUUCUGUCAAUCCUUUGGAAGUCACCUCGCUAAAGUGACCAGCAAAGUUGAAGAUGACUUUGUCAGCGGCCAUGCAGCCCGCCAUGGAAAAGCGGCGAACUACUGGCUUGGUGCCACCGACCUGAACGUAGAAGGAACAUGGCUCUGGGAGGGCCAACAGGCCAUGAAUUACAGCAACUGGAGUAGGGACCAACCUGAUAAUUUUAGUGGGGGGGAACACUGUCUGCAUAUCAAACAGAUACUUGAAAACUAUCUGUGGAAUGAUGAAAAGUGUAAUAUGGCGGCGAACUUUAUUUGUGAGAAGGAACUCUGAAGGUACAUGUAGCUACCAUCUCUGCCACACUUCGCAGCAAAUGACGUAAUAAUGUUGAGAAUUGAAUAAAAUGUUAUUCGUCUUCA